GGCAACUGGCAAGGCAACUCACCUAUAAACUCUCACUAUUCAACCCUUGUUCUGUUCCGCCUCUUUCAAAUCCCUAAUUUUCUCUCUCCUCCUAAAACCCUUCCUUAAACCCUAAUUUCUUCCUUCAUCUUCAACCUUCAAUGGCCAUGAAGUUCUGGGGUAUUGAAGUAAACUCGAAAGGGCCUUGCAAGGUGACACUCGAGGAAGACUAUGUUGUCCACCUUUCUCAGGCUACUCUUGGUGAGAUGAAGAAGGAUGGUGAGCCGGUAAUGGUUCAUGUCAAAGUGGGCGACCAAAAGCUAGUGUUGGGGGUGCUAAGCAAGACCACCCCUCAAUUGUCUAUAGAUUUGGUGUUUGAGAAGGAAUUUGAGAUCUCUCACAACUGGAAGAAUGGAACUGUGCACCUCAUGGGAUACAAGUCUGAGAUGGGUCAGCCAGAAGAUGAUGACAUGUUCUUGGAUUCCUCUGAUGAGGAAGGGAUGGAUCUUCCUGUUUUACACAGAGAAAAAAAUGGUACUGCUGCUGCUCCAGCUGCUGCGCCUAAGGCUGCUGCAAAGCAAGGUAAAGGUAACAAAUCCUUGCCAGAUGUGAAAGAUGACUCUGAUGAAGAUGACAGUGAAGAUGAAGAUGAUGAUGACGAUGAAGAUGACUCUGAUGAGGAUAUGCAAAGUUUGGGUGAUGAUAGUGAUGCGGACCUUGAUGAUGAGGACUCUGAGGAAGAGACACCUGCAAAGAAGCCCGAAUCUGGCAAGAAAAGAACCAAUGUUGAUGCCAAGACACCUGAGUCUAAGAAGGCUAAGCUAGUUACCCCCCAGAAAACAGAUGGGAAGAAGGGCGCUCAUACAGCAACCCCACAUCCAUCAAAGAAAGGUGGCAAGACUCCUGGUGACAAGGCUACCCCCAAGUCCGCUGGCCAAGUUUCUUGUGAGCCUUGCAAAAAGACCUUCAACUCAGACUUUGCUCUGGAAUCUCACAACAAGGCUAAGCACUCAGCCAAGUAGAGUAUUUAAUUUUUUUGCUUAUGUGUGAUUUUUGUACGAAUGGUAGAAAGAAGAGAAGGAAUAGCUUAGUCUCAAAUUUUGGUCUGUAUUCCUGUUUUUGAAUUUCCGUAGAGGAGCGAGUGACUAUUUCUGGAGGAUGUUAAAUCAGAGUAAGAACUAUAGUCAAGUGUUCUGUGGUUCCGAAAAAUAUUGCUAUAUUCGUGAGGAUAUUAUGUUCAAGGAAAUGAUAUGUUUGAGCACUUUUGUUUGGUGUC